GCUAGUCAGCAUUCCUCUGGCUCUUCACACCACGCCAGGGCUUUCCAAUCGGCCAUGGCGUUUGCGGCUGCCGCCGCGGCUGUAGCAGCCGCCAAAGCCAGCGGUGCUCAAGGCACCGGUUCCUCAGACCGUCUCCCUGCCUACGGAGAUCCUCGGUCAUCAAUGGUCAGUGCGAACGAGCUAGCCUCUCUGAGUAGCGGCACAAGCAGCCUCAGCGGCGGUGACUUCUCUAGACACCUCAUCUGUCCCUCGGGCACUCAUUCAGGCCUGUUAGGCCCAACUUCUCCACCAGCCCUCAACCUUGUGCCGGUGUCGGAGGGGAGCUCAGUGCGUCAGGAGUCUUCACUCCAUCCUGCUUUCGCCGCCUCCUCAUUGUCACACUCAUUUCCCUCCUCCUCCUCUCCCAACACCACCAAUUCCCCUUCACUUUCUCCUUCUGUUGCCGUUGUUGCCGCCUCAUCUUCCUCCUCAUCCUCUUCGCCCUCUUCCUUGUCGGCCUCCGUCGCCGCUGCUACUUCUCUCUGCACAACAUGUACCUCGGAGGCAAGGAAUAACGAACCAUCUAUUCCUCUGGGCGGGGAAAAUUCACUUCCACUGCCCGGCUUCAUGCACGAGUCCUCUUUCCUGCCCGACAGUCGAGCCUUGCAGAGCGUGUCUGGCCCUGGCAUUGACUUGUCGACGAAGCAUUUGAACAGUCCCAGCACAACGACCACGAUUGCGGCUACGCCGACGCUGAGCACAACUACGGCAGCCAACGCUUCAACCAUAAAUAUGCUUUCCUGCGUGCCCGUCUCCCACGUCGGUAGCCAGAAUGGUGCCAUGGUGGCAGCAAUGGCUGCCAGCCUUCUCAUUAAACCCCUUCCGCAAGGAGUGCCCGGACUUCGCCGACCCCCUUGCCAGGCAUUUUCCGGCUUUCACAGGCCUGCAAGUCCGCUUGGACCAACUUUCGAAGGGACAACAGGACUUUCAGGAAGGCUGGAGACGCCGAAACGGCAUCCUGGCUUUAUUUCGCCAAAGUAUGAGGUAAGUGAGCAAGCAACCUCGUGA